AGCAACAGUCCACAUCAGCGGAGGGAAAAGGAAGGUAGGAAGGCACCUUAGGAUGCAGCGAUCCGUUGCGCUCUCGCUCCUCUUCGGCCUGGGUCUGAGCCUGGCUCAGAACGAGCAGAUUGCUUACAUCUACGAUCUGCCCAACUAUGACGAAAGCGGGGCCUUCAACUGGAUGGAUUCGUAUUGCGCGGACUUCAGGGAUUGCGACCACAUCAUUGGAGACGACAUGAUCUCUAGCACUUGUGUCUUCGGAGUAUGGCUGUUCUACAGCGAGUAUUAUUACAACUAUCAAAACUUCGGAGCUGUCGAAUGGGGGUAUGGAGAUGACUUCUGCUGGAACUUAAAUAAUUUACUCAACAAUGAAGUCUCAUCUCUCAGGUAUGCAGGAGACACGUACAACUGGAGAUACGACACGAUCACGCUUUACGAAUUUGAUUUGUUCUUCGGAUUUGAAGUCUACGAAUGGGCGGACAUGCCCGAAGUGCCAGGCACGAUUGCCACCGUAGGAUCCCUCAUCGUCACGGGUCAAAAUUAUUGGACCGUCUACACGGAACCGUUCUUCAACGGAAACCACGCCUGCAUCAGCGUCCAGACCGGACAGUACGUGGGCUUCGCUCCAGAUCUGAGUGGCGUCUUCGGCAUCAGCACGGUUAGGUCAUUCCGGAGAGGAUGCUUCAGCGACAACAAGAUCCAUCUCAAUUCGGAUCGACACGGCUUCGUUGUCAAGGCCAGGGAAUAAGUUGACCGCUAAUAUGUCUUCCACAGAAAUAAAGUCUUGGAGCCUCGCC